AUGUCUUACAGUCGUGUUGGAGCAGUGACUGGAGCUAACAAGGGCAUCGGACUCGCAAUAGUCCGACAGCUCGCGCUGCAGUAUCCCAAAUCCGCCUACAACAACGGUCCACUUCUAAUAUACCUAACCGCUCGAGACAGAGGCCGUGGCGAAGAAGCCUUGAAGAACAUUCACAGCGAUGCCGAGCUCAAGAAAGCUAAGGCACUCGCCGCAGACGGCGGGUUGACCGACGUCAAAUUCCAUGAGCUCGACAUAGACUCCACGGACAGCAUUCGCAACUUCGCGAGUUUCUUGAAGAAGGAACAUCCGCAGGGCGUCGACUUUGUGAUCAACAACGCUGGACUUGCUAUGACGGGAUUUGACUCCAACGUCGUCAAGAAGACCCUCCAGGUCAACUACUACGGCACCCUCGAAGCAACCCAAGACUUCCUCCCCCUGAUCCGCGAGAACGGCCGCCUCGUAAACGUCGCCAGCAUGUCCGGCCACCUAUCCAAAUACUCCGACGCGAUACGCACCCGCUUCCUCUCCGCCAAGUCCGUGCCCGAAGUCACCAAGCUCAUGGAAGACUUCAAGGCCGCCGUCGCAGCCGGCAACGAGAAGCAGCAAGGGUGGCCCAGCGCCGCCUACGCCGUGAGCAAGGCUGGUAUCAUUGGCAUGACGAGAGUGGUUGCGGAGGAGGAGAAGGGGAAGGGGAGGGGCGUGCUGGUGAAUUCGUGCUGUCCGGGGUAUGUCAAGACGGAUAUGACGAGGGGUGGGGGCGCGAAGACGCCGGAUCAGGGCGCGCAGACGCCGGUGAUGCUGGCGAUAGGGGAUAUUGGCGGGAAGGCGGGGCUGUUUUGGCAGAAUGAGAAGGUUAUUGAGUGGUAG